AUUUUCGCGGAUGACGUGUUGGAGAUUUCGUGAUACCUGUCGGCUGAGCAGUUGAAUCGAGAACGUUUAUUUUACAUUUCUUCCGUUGAUGUAAAUGCAGUAUAAUGUUGAGUAACAAUAAAACAAUUUAACAUACUUCAACAAACGUCUUCUGCCAGCAUACUUGCUUUGAAACCAGUCAGUUAUUAGUUCGAACGGUAUAAUUUCUAGAAUAUUGAAGAUCCACAUCGGCGAAGAUGGCACUGAUGACGAUGAUUGCUCGAGUCGUCGACGGUCUUCCACUGGUUGGAACGAUGCAGGAAGACGAACAGUCCGGUAAAAGCGUACUGGAAUAUCAGAAUCAAGCCAAGAUGUUGUUCCGAAAGCUAGGUCCCAAUUCGCCUAGCCGUUGCAGUAUUGAGACUGGUCCUUAUCUUUUUCAUUAUAUGAUUGAAGCUGAAGUCUGCUAUCUGGUACUCUGUGAUAAAAUGUUUUCCAAGCGGAUUGCAUUUAAUUAUUUGGAGGACAUCGCCCAGGAGUUUCAUAACAAUUACGGGAGGAAAGUAAACUCGGUUACACGACCAUACGCAUUCAUCGAGUUCGACAUCUACAUACAAAAGGCUAAGAAAUCGCUAACGGAUCGACGAAGAAAUAUCAACACUAUAAAUACACAACUUCAGGAUGUGCAACGGAUAAUGGUUCAGAACAUCGACGACGUUUUGCAGCGCGGAACGGUUCUCUCCGAACUGGACACCAAAACACAGAAUUUAUCGAUGCUUUCGCAGAAGUAUAAAAAAGACGCUACAUACUUGAAUCGAAAGUCCCUUUACGUGAAGGGCGCCGUCGCUGGUAUUAUUAUUAUCGUUUUUGUGUUGUAUUUCUGGGUUAUUUAAUCUCAUUCGAAUAGUUGACACAAAAAAAAAUUCAUGACCGUUACUCGAAGGGAACAAAAAAAGGGUGGUAAAAUAAUAUUGGAAGUUGUAUCAUUUGGCCAAAACGUAAUUCACAGGGUGAGCAAGAAUUCAAUUAUCAAAAAGAAAGUGUUAGUUAUACGUUUCGUUCAGAAGUGUUUCCUUAAAAAUAUGCUUUUCUUAUCAUGUGCGUAGGUUCAGUCUGAUUCAUUUUUCAGGUUGAGAUGUUUUGUAGUCGAGUUCGAGUUAUAUUAUACACAUCGGUAGUAAUUAUCCAAGAGGAACUUGUAAAUAUACGAGACAAGAAGGUGUGAGAUGUGCGAAAACAAUAUUUUACAGAGAAAGCAAAAGACAGUCGUUCGAACAUAUUCGUUCCAUCUUAUAACAGAAUAUUGCUCUGAAUCUGGACAAUGGUUUACGAGAAUAAUAAUCAAUAAUCGUAUUGUAAUAGAUCAUUACUGGUUUCAUUUAUGGUAGAAAAUAAAAUAUUUUAUUUAUAUUA